ACAGCGGCAAUGCCCCGCAGCCCGGCCGCGGCCCCCGGCCCGCCCAGCUAGCCCCGCGCCGCGACUCUCGGAGCAGCGAUGGGCAACACGGUGCACCGGACCCUGCCAGACUCCAGCCCUCCCGCACGCCUCCUAGCCUCCCGGCCUUGUUACGGCCCUGGCCCCGAGAGGCGAGCGGUCCUGGGCGAGGCACCACGCUUCCACGCUCAGGCCAAGGGCAAGAAUGUGCGGCUGGACGGCCACUCGCGCAGGGCUACACGGCGCAACAGUUUCUGCAACGGCGUCACCUUCACGCAGAGGCCCAUCCGCCUGUAUGAACAGGUGCGGCUGCGCCUGGUGGCUGUGCGUCCUGGCUGGAGCGGUGCCCUGCGCUUCGGCUUCACUGCGCAUGACCCGUCACUCAUGAGCGCUCAGGACAUCCCCAAGUAUGCCUGCCCUGACCUGGUCACACGGCCUGGAUACUGGGCUAAGGCGCUGCCUGAGAACUUGGCGCUGCGGGACACGGUGCUAGCCUACUGGGCUGAUCGCCACGGCCGCGUCUUCUACAGCGUCAACGAUGGUGAGCCAGUGCUUUUCCACUGUGGCGUGGCUGUGGGAGGCCCACUCUGGGCACUCAUUGACGUCUACGGCAUCACCGACGAGGUGCAGCUGCUGGAAAGCACCUUCGCGGACACACUGACACCCUUGCGCCUGGGCCAGGCCCGCCUCAGUGCCUGCCCCCCUCCCGGCAGCCAUGACACCGCCAACUUCGACAACAAUGAGCUGGAGAACAACCAGGUGGUGGCCAAGCUGGGUCACCUGGCUCUCGGCCGUGCGGACGCCGCCGUCCCGUGCGUGGCCCGCGAACGCGCUCGACCCGCGUCGUCACCCGCGCUGCUGGACGCGGAGCUGCGCUUCCACGCCACGCGCGGCCCCGACGUGAGCCUGUCUGCGGAUCGCAGGCUGGCCUGCGCGCCCCGACCCGACGGCGGCCGCACCUUGGUGUUCUCCGAGCGGCCGCUGCGGCCGGGCGAGAGCCUGUGCGUGGAAGUGGGCCGGCCGGGGCUGGCGGCACCUGCGGCUGUGGCCUUUGGCAUCACGUCGUGCGAUCCCGGCGCGCUGCGGCCAUCCGAGCUGCCCGCCGACCCCGCUGCGCUGCUAGACCGCAAGGAAUACUGGGUGGUGGCGCGCGCCGGGCCCGUCCCCAGCGGCGGCGACGCGCUCAGCUUCACCUUGCGGCCGGGCGGCGAUGUACUGCUGGCGGUGAACGGGCGCCCGCGGGGACGCCUGCUGUGCGUGGACACCUCGCAGGCGCUCUGGGCCUUCUUCGCGGUGCGUGGCGGAGCCGCGGGCCAGCUGCGACUUCUGGGUACCCUGCAGUCCAGUCCUGAGACCACAACUCCAUCGGGGUCCUUCAGCGGCUCCCAAGAUGACAGUGAUUCAGACAUGAACUUCGGGGUCAACCAGUCUUCCUCAGCAUCAGAGUCAUCUCUGGUGACAGCACCCAGCUCCCCACUGAGCCCCCCAGUGUCCCCAGCCUUCUCUGCACCUGAACCAGCAGGCAGCAGGAAUGGAGAGUGUACAGUGUGCUUCGACAGCGAGGUGGACACGGUCAUCUAUACAUGUGGACACAUGUGCCUCUGCCACAGCUGCGGCCUGCGGCUCCGAAGGCAGGCACGGGCCUGCUGUCCCAUCUGCCGGCGGCCCAUCAAGGAUGUCAUCAAGAUCUACAGGCCAUAGCUCUGCAGCUGGCUGGGCCGAGGCAAGGUCACCUUUCUGAAGCCCCUGUUAGGUGGGCGACACCAUGGCUACCAGGGAGCCCAAGGUCAGAAGCCAUCUCUCAUCUGCCACUCCGCAGUGAUGAGCAAGGCAGGACAGGUGUGGAGAUGAGGCCCCGGGGGCCAGAGCCCAGGCAAGCAUUGCUUCUGGCUCCAACACAUGUGGCCCCCCAAAAGCCUGUCCCAAGAUUCAGCUCAGGAACUGCCUGGCAGAUCACCUGCCUCUUGGUGACCUUCAGCUGGGAAAGGGUGCCCUCUGUCUGUGCAAUGCUUCUUUGGGGUUGGGUUGAGUGUGUGUGUUGGGGUGGGGGGAGACAGCACAGAGAAUGAAUGAGAGAGAGUGUGUGAGAGAGUGUGUGUGGAUGUCUUGUGCAGGGAUCUGUUGUCUCCCGGAGGGUAUUUAACACUAAGGAAUGUGCAAUCCGGGCCUAAAUGUUAUUGUGACGGUUGUCCACUUUCUGGGGAUGUGGUUUUCUGCAAUGAGCUAGCUUUGAACACACGAGGCCUGAAUCUACACAGAACUCCUUCAAUGGUAUAGAAAGAGGCACUCAGAUUUUCUAAAGGAAAGCAAAAAUAACUCACUGUUUACAGCUCCAAGCAGCAGCUCCUGCUGAGGGGAAGGUGGGCGGAGAAGCACAGGUGGCUUUCACUGCUUACUCAGACGAGGAGGUGCCUUCCCUCCCAUGGCAGCUGAGGACAGGUGCCCCAAGCUCUAGCAUCUAGGAUUCCUCCAUCCCCAGUCUGAACAGUAAGCUCCUCGCCCCUCAGCCCUACAUGCUCUGGAGUUUUGUAAUGCUCCUGUUCUCCAGGGCAGCUCCAUAACUCCCAUUAUGAAUUAAGAAGAAUUAAGGAGAGCUGUGGGCAUGUCCCAGUGACCACCAGCUGGCAGAAGCCAGAAGACCCAGUCUCCCUAUCUGGACUUUGGCCUGACCCUCUUGUUUUUCUGUUGAUUAUUAAGGUGUUAACUAAUACACUUGUUAGAUACUUGUGAAGAGCUGACUGAAAUGCCCCCAACUCCUGGGUCUCUUUGCUGGCAUUUCCCAGGACCCUGGCCCUGGCCCUUCUCACUGAGCCAGACCUGUUUCUGUAGUCUCCCAGACCUUCCCAUUGCUGAUGCUCUGGCCAGGCAUGCCUCUCCCUUCUGAAGAGCUGCGGGCUCAGGAUUACACCUACAUUCUGUGAACUGUACCUUUAGAAGAGUUCCUUGGCCUCUCUGUUUCUUGGUUCCUACUUAGAAGCCUAGUGCCAGGGCACCAGGGAGACCCCCACACACUGAGAAAGCUUGGGACACCUUGUAAGGAGAAGCCUUUUCUCACAGCUCCUAGUCUGUGCAUCUCUAGCUGUGAGGCAGGAAGAGGGGGAAGAGAAGCAUUCAAGAAGUAAGAUUCAUGGAACAGGCUUUGACAGGAGCCAGGGACCACCUGACAGCAGCCCAAGCUGGAGUUAGUGUGCUUGGGUAGCUGGAGGCUUUGGGCCUGCGCAGAUGCUUCCUUCUCUGGGAGUGUCUGGAUCUGGCCCAAUCACAACUUCCCCAUUCCUGUCCCCAGCAAGAGCCUCUGAGAGCUGGCUUUUCCUUAGGGACUGCAGGGUGCAUCUCCACCCUUUCGCUUUACAGCUGCAUCUUUUUUCUUCUUUUUUUAGAGAAAGGGUUUCUCUUUGUAGCCCUGGAU